CUUAAGAAAACCAACGGCCAAAUUAUAAACUGUAAAGAUAUGAAUCUUGUUAAUGUUAUAGUGUCGUCGUCAGGUUUAACUGUAACCUAUUCUGAUGGAAAGAAAUCAACUCACCCCACAAAACUUUCGCCAGUACCUGAUGAAAAAGGUAAUAUGUUUUACUAUCGACCGGUAGCCAGAAAUGAGCCAAAAGCGAAUUUGUAUGCUACAAAACUCGGUCUAGAACUGUGUAAAGAGCUAAAACAACAAAAUGUAAAAGUUUCUAGAGCUGUCUUGACUGAUCUACCAGAUGGAUAUGGGCUAUACGAUCAUAUUAAACAGUAUCCGCCUGAUGAGUCAGGGAAACCUAAAACCACAAGGACAGAUACAUAUUUAUACGGUAAUGGUGCAAAAUUUCGUUCACCGGCAGAAUUUAAAGAUCAUCUUUUGUGGUUAGCCUCGGAUAAGGCUGUUUCCUGCAAUUGUAGAUAUUGUGGAGGUCAAAAAUCAGCUACUUUAGAAGCUGUCUUCGCAUCUUCACCAAAAUCAUCAAAAAAACCUAGUGUACAAAAGAGAAAAGCCAGUAUACUCAAUAAUGAUACAAAUGAAAGCUCAAUAAAAUUUAUUAAUAUGUACCGAUGCAAAGAAAUUGUGUGGGGAGAUAUAGAAUAUAUCUUAAAUUCAAGUCAGCAUGAGGCAUUAUCUAAGGAAAUUGGAGGUAAUCAGAUCAAGUAUUGGCCAGCAUUAGUUCAUCAACGUUCAAAGGCUGACCUUGAUAGUUCUGAUAAUAAAGAUAACAAUUAUGUGAUACUUUAUGUUUUGCGGCCAUUGAUGUUACCUGGAACAAUGAAAUUACCACAUAAAGCUAUUCUGCCGUGGUUAGCUUAUAAUUCUUCAGAUCUAACGCAAAUGAUCGAAGACAUAAUGCACAACAACAAUCAUCUUCACUCGAAUAAUAUUCAGUCAUUUAAGAGUUCAAAUCAUAUGCAAUCACUUGAGAGCUCAAAUCAUAUUCAAUCGCUUGAGAGUUCAAAACAGAAUGGAUUGGCUAAUGCUUAUCUCAAGGCUAUUGCUUUAGCUAAAAAGAUUGCUUCAACAUUUACACCAUUGCAACAAUAUAAAUAUAUGCUGCAACCCAUGUAUUUGUUAAAAAUUGAGAAUAUGGAAGAAAAAAGGUUGUUACAAGAAAUGGAAUCGUACCCGCAUUAUAGGAACAUUUUGUUAGGCUCUGAGCUAUUGCGUGAAAAUGAUUAUGUUCGUUUGAAGCACCCUUCGCGUGAUUAUAACGACGAAAUGCAAAUUUUUAAAAUAAAUACCAUUUUUCUUAAUGCCUCGAACAAAAUUCAACUGAGUGGCGACAUAUUCGUCAGGGCUCCGUCUAUGAAAUUUGACGGAAAUGUACCAAUGCUGGUUAAGUUGAAUGAAGAAAAUUUUGAAUAUACAGUGGAUUUGUCUGAAAUCGCAGGACGAUAUUACAUUUUGCAUCAUAUCAUUCAUAGCAUGCCUGCUACUGUUCAAUUACCUUAUGAAGAUAGAACGUUAUUGGUGGAUGAAGCACCUAAACAAGCAGUAAUUCCAACUGGUUUAAGGAAACAA